CUCUCUCUCUCUCUCUCUCUCUGUCUUUCUCUGUCCCUCCCUCUGCUCUUCCUUUACGUUCUCCCUCCCUCCCUCCUUCCAUCUUUCCUGUAUUUCCCUCUCCAGUUCAGUCAGUCAAAAAAGAGGCACACGGGAGAACUAAAGGGGGUACGGCAGAGAGAGAGAGCGUGUGUGUGUGUGUGUGUGAGAGAGAGAGAGAGAGAGAGAGGGAGAGAGAGAGAGGGAGAAAGAGAGAGGGAGCAGGAAGGGUAGGAAGGGCAGAGGGUAAAGGGGGGAUCGGGGUGUUGGAUUUGCCCCCACCUGGUUUCUCUCUACCAUGGACUGCCUCUGCAUCGUAACCACAAAGAAGUACAGAUAUCAGGAUGAGGAGACUCCACCCCUGGAGCAUAGCCCCGCCCACUUGGCCCACAGUAAAAGUGCUGAGAUGCUGCACAUGAGUGACAAGAACCUGGCAGCUAUGGACACCAUGCACGGCUACGCACCUCACACACACAUCUCUCCUGUGAAGCCCGUCCUGCUCUCGGCCGGUCACACGCCGCUCUACACCUCCGCCGUCUCCACACUGGCAAAUUCUCCACCAGUGGUAGUAAACACAGACACACUCGAUGGCUCACCUUAUGUUAAUGGGACUGAGGGAGAGAUUGAGUAUGAAGAGAUCACGUUGGAAAGAGGGAACUCGGGUCUUGGCUUCAGUAUAGCAGGUGGUACUGAUAAUCCUCAUGUAGGAGAUGAUCCUAGUAUCUUCAUCACCAAAAUCAUCCCGGGAGGAGCAGCAGCUCAGGACGGGAGACUGAGGGUGAACGACAGUAUCCUCUUUGUGAAUGAUGUAGAUGUCCGUGAGGUCAGUCACAGUCAGGCUGUCGAGGCUCUGAAGGAAGCAGGAGCCAUCGUCCGUCUCUACGUCCUGCGCAGGAAACCCAUCGCUGAGAAGGUCACUGAGAUCAAACUCAUCAAAGGACCUAAAGGUCUGGGGUUCAGUAUAGCGGGUGGUGUUGGGAAUCAGCACAUUCCCGGUGAUAAUAGCAUCUACGUCACUAAAAUAAUUGAAGGCGGAGCAGCGCAUAAAGACGGACGCCUGCAGAUCGGAGACAAAAUCCUGGCGGUGAAUAACGUGUGUUUAGAGGACGUGAUGCACGAGGACGCCGUCGGAGCGCUGAAGAACACGGCGGACGUCGUAUACCUCAGAGUGGCUAAACCUAACAACCUGUACCUUACACACACCAACAGCUACAACCCUCCUGACCUCACCAGCACAUACUCCUCUCACCUGGACACUGAUCUCGGUCAUCCUAACUUCCUGGGCUCAGAUUACCCACAAGCCCUCACUCCCACAUCCCCCAGCCGCUUCUCGCCGGUGCUGCACGGCCUGCUGGGAGACGAUGACGUGCCCAGAGAGCCGAGGCGUGUGCUGAUCCACAGAGGCUCCACAGGUCUGGGCUUUAACAUCGUCGGGGGUGAAGACGGAGAGGGAAUCUUCAUCUCCUUCAUCCUGGCUGGAGGACCAGCAGAUCUGAGUGGAGAACUGCGCAAAGGAGACCAGAUACUGAGCGUGAACGGUGUUGAUUUACGAGCUGCAACACAUGAACAAGCCGCAGCCGCACUAAAAAACGCGGGACAGACUGUGACCAUCAUUGCACAGUAUAGACCUGAAGAAUACAGUCGGUUUGAGGCUAAGAUCCAUGAUUUGAGAGAGCAGCUGAUGAACAGCAGUUUGGGUUCAGGAACCACCACACUGAGGAGUAACCCAAAGAGAGGCUUCUACGUUAGAGCUCUGUAUGAUUACGAUAAGACUGCAGACGGCGGGUUCCUCACUCAGGCCGUGAGUUUCCGUUUUGGUGACAUCCUCCACGUGCUGGACUGCAGUGAUGAGGAGUGGUGGCAGGCGCGAAGAGUCGGACCUCAGGGGGACAAUGAGGACAUCGGCUUCAUUCCCAGCAAGAGGAGGGUCGAGAGGAAAGAGUGGUCACGUCUGAAGUCAAAAGAACGGGACCGCAGUCGAGACAGUUUAGGAUCUCAAGGAAGAGACGAAUCUGCACACAGUUAUGAGACUGUGACACAAGUGGAAGUUCACUACGCCAGGCCCAUCAUCAUCCUCGGCCCGGUGAAGGACAGAGUGAACGAUGAUCUGCUCUCGGAGUUUCCCGACAAGUUCGGCUCCUGUGUUCCUCAUACGACGCGGCCGAAGCGGGAGUAUGAGGUGGACGGGCGAGAUUAUCACUUCGUGUCGUCACGGGAACAGAUGGAGAAAGACAUCCAGAGCCACCGAUUCAUCGAGGCGGGACAAUACAACAGUCACCUGUACGGCACGAGCGUACAGAGCGUGAGGGAGGUUGCUGAACAGCAGGGUAAACACUGUAUCCUGGACGUGUCGGCGAACGCGAUCCGUAGACUCCAGGCCGCUCAGCUCCACCCCAUCGCCAUCUUCGUUCGGCCCAAAUCACUGGAGAACGUUCUGGAGAUUAACACCCGGCUGACAGAGGAACAGGCACGCAAAGGCUUUGAUCGGGCGGUGAAACUGGAGCAAGACUUCCUGGAGUGUUUCUCAGCUGUGGUGGAGGGUGACAGUUUCGAGGAGGUCUAUCACAAGGUGAAGACGGUGAUUGAGGAGCAGUCCGGUCCCUUCAUCUGGAUCCCGACCCGAGAGCGACUGUGAGAAGUGAAAAGCUAGAGAAACCGGACAGAGAGACAGAGAGAGAAUUCUGGGAAUUAUGUGUGGAAAAGCACAGGGAAAAUCCACACAUCUCUCCAUCUGUCACUCUUUCCUCCUCUUCUGAUCUAUCAACAUCCCAUUCUCUCUCUCUCUCUCUCUCUCUCUCUCUGUCUCUCUGGUGCACAGGGCUGUUUUUACUCAUGAACAGAAACACCACCGAGCGAUUAAACUCCUCCUUCCUCUGUUUUUUACUGUCGGACUCCUUCCUUUUGCUUCAGGAGUGAGCGAUGUGGUGAGCGACGAAGAGAGGAAGAGGCUUUACUAUUAACCAGAAAAGAGAAGGACAGGUGGAUGGACAGAUGGACAGACGGAUGGACAUAACGUAUAUAUAAUAAAUUUAAUAAACACUAACUAGACGUACUGUGACUUCCAGGCAAACGUGAAGUGCCGACGAAGGACAAGAGAAACGUUUAGAUUUCUGCAUGCGUCCAUAACGACACAGAGAGGCACGGGACAAGGAAGAGGAAGAGGAGGAGCUUCAAUCUCUAUGUCACUUCCUGUUUUAACUACUGAGAUGAAAGAUGAAACAAGAGAAAGAUGGAGGACUUUUAUCGGUUCGUCUGAUCUUUGUCUUGCUGCACAGAAUCAAAGCCACACGCAACGCUAUGGGCUACGUUUUCCUCAGACACACACACACACACACACACACACACAAUGACCAAGAGAUGUUUAGUGAAGUUUUUUCAUUUCUUUAUUCUUGUUUUGAUUUUAUCACGCACGUAUCAGAUGCUGAACAAUAAUGAGUGCACAACACACACACACACACACACACACACACUAGCAUUAGUACAGAGAAGGGGUUUGGCAAUGAAACAGAUUUGAUGAUUCCUUCUGGGAGGUUCUGGAAGGUGUGUAUGAUCCACUCCAUGGUGGAUGUUUCUUGAGUGUUGUCUGGUUGCUGUAGUUGUUCUUUGUGUGACGACAAACGCAUCAUAUUUUAGUCAGAAACACAAAAAAGCAGGUUUUAUUUUCAUCCAUUUAUGAUUUAAACGGCUAAAAUUAGCAACAUAGCGUCAGAGUGUUUAAGACUGUAUGGGAUGUACGUGUUAGGAAAGACAAAAAAACCAAAGAUAAUCUGAAUAAAAAGACCAGAAUCAUCGCUUCAGCUUGAUCCUGAAAAAAACCCCGGUCUAGCCGAAACUCCCACGCUAAUGAUUAGCAUUAGGAAACUAGCCUUCAUGAAAAUCAGCUAGCUCAAUGCUAAUAACUGAAAUCUGUUAGCUGAAGACUGAGCUUUGUAGAUUAAAAUGAGAAUCAGGAGCUGUGUGAGAUUUAGUGAGCGAUGUCUGGACACUGCUCCGGUCAGCUUCAGUUCAGUUGAGUAGGGCUGCUAAUUAGCAUGACACGUGAAGCUGCUAGCGCUGAGGCUAAAGGAGAGUAUGCACUUCUCUGUUCCCAUGUUCUUGCUAGAGUGUGUGUGUGUGUGUGUGUGUGUGUGUGUGGAAGCAUCGGCAUAUUUUAUUUUUUUUACAUUAGUCUUUAUUUAUUUUGAUAUUUUUGAUAUUUUAAAUUGAGUUUUUGAAGUGUGUAUUCUGAGUGCAGUGACCGUUCAUGGUGCCACAUAUUACUUAUAAUUAUUAUUAUUAUUAAUAUUAUUAUCAAUAUUAUUAUAGUUAUAAUUUCUGGAGUUUUCACAUUUCUGUUUAUUUAUUUAUUUGUUUGUUUGUUUGUAUUUAUCUGUUUAUUAGAUGGAAUGGACAGAUGCAUUGCUGUGUCACUUUAUAUAUAUAAAAAAACAAGGGGCUGUGCGCAAUCAAAUGAUAAAUACACACACACACACACAUAUACACACACACACAUAUACACACACACACAUAUACACACACACACACACAUAUACACACACACACGAAUAGACAUACACACACACACAAAGUCUUACACAUAUCAUUAUACAUUACGUAUAAAUAAAUUAUAUACUGUAACAUUUCACACACACACACACACACACACACACACACCAAUAACAAUGUAUUAUCAAGAGAAAUAUACACUUUUACUCUAAAUAGAGCAAAAUGAGUUAAAAUUUAUUUAUUUCCGAAAAGCAAAUGUAUUUCACUUUGUAUCACCAUAAAUUAUUAUUAUUAUUAUUAUUAUUAUUAUUAUUAUUAUUAUUAUUAUUAUUAUUAUUAUUAUUAUAGUACAAAAAUGAAAAUCUUAUUGCUUUUUAUUUUAAAAAAAGAGAAUCAUUAUAAAGUUUGCAGAAAGUUCUAUUUAAAUGAUUUAUCUUGCUGAGAGAUUUUAAGGACGAUGAAAUCCGAGAUAUGAAAAUGUUUAAUUUCAGUGAAAUGCUUGUUGUGAAUUAGCUACGAAAAUAAUAAAAUCAAUUAUGGUAAUAAAAAAAAAAAAAAACACAAGUGUGGCUA